AUGCUCGCCCGGAGCAUCACCCGGCUGCCCCCCAGAGGCAUCAGAGGCACCAGAGCCAUCCCCCGCCGCCCCCACAGCACAGCCCGCACCCCUCCACCCCCCCACCUCAAAACAUCAGCCUUCCUCUCCAUCGCCCUCCUCACCUCCGCCUACUUUGUCUACCAGUACGAGUCCUCGGCCGCCAAAGAGAUCACCACCAGCACUCCUGGAGGCCGCCCCGUCUCCUUCCUCAACGGGCACAGAGAGUCCAAGUUCCAGCUCAACAUCCAGACUGGCCGCGGCGUGCAAUCAUUCGAAUUCGACCGAAAGCCCGAUGCCCAAGUCGAACGACUGAUCAGGGAGCACGAGACCAGUCGCUCCAUUCGCAGGACAGGCAAUCCUGUCGUGCGAUGGGACAACAACUGGGUAGGCUCGAACGACCCUUGUGAAGACCGUUGGUCCACAGACCUCGUCGAGAGGAACCAGACUGCAUCGGAGCGAAUCCGCAAGGUCGGCUCUUUCUGGAAUGCGUGGUUUAGUGGAGAUGAGCCCAGUGUGGGCAAGGAUGGUGCGGGAAAGCGAGAUCUGAUAAUGUUUUCCAUCAUGGAUGGCCACGCUGGUGAUGCUACCUCGACAUUGCUCCAGAAGGCGCUCCAUCCCACCAUCGCGGUGUCUCUUGCCAACCUCCAGGCCGGCUAUGCGCCUCAUCAGGGAAUCUGGAGCCAAUGGUCUGGAUAUCUUAGCCCCUGGUACUGGCUUGGGACGGAGAAGACUUGGACUCCUGGAAAUGUCUCCAGCGCUAUUCAGAAUGCCUACCUGCAACUCGAUGAGAACAUUUGUCAAACCCCGGUCCGCCUUAUCCCAUCUCUGUCCGAGCCGACCAAAGACGCUUCGUCACCCUCCGCCCAACAGACCCUUGUCGCCCUCGCCGAGCCCGCCGCCUCGGGUGCUUGUGCCAUCUCCACCCUCGUUGAUGCAGAGAAUGACGAUCUCUACGUUGCCCUCGCUGGAGACUGCCGUGCUAUCGCAGGAUGGCAAGGUGUUGAUGGCAAGUGGCGAUGUGAUGUACUGACCGAGGAUCAGAUGGGAGAGAACCCAAGAGAGAUUGAGAGGAUGAGGAAUGAACAUCCUGUCUCGGAGAGGGAGACUGUCAUCAGGAAUGGGCGCGUGCAAGGUGGUUUGCAACCUACGAGGGCGUUUGGCGAUGCUGUCUACAAGUGGAGCAAUGCCGAGGCUGCUGCUAUUGCAGGCGCAUUCAAGAGCGAAGGUAGCAAACCCCGAGCAGGCAGACCAUGGAACUAUACGCCUCCUUAUGUGACUGCCCGUCCGGAGAUGACAUACCGCAAACUUCAUCCCGAAUCCGGCGACAGGCUCAAGUUUAUCGUCAUGGCCACCGACGGUUUGUGGGACAGAAUAACUUCGGAGGAGGCGGCCCUUCUGACAGCUUCUUACCUCUCCCAUCCCACUCGCAAACCCAUUCCCAAGACAUCACUGCCAAAGCUCUUCCCUCUCGCCCCCCCUCUCCCCCCUUCCGAGCGCCUCUACCCCGCACAAGAGCUGCCGCAACCCGAAGGCGAGACGUGGGUCUACGAAGGCGAUGAGAAUGCCGCGACGCAUUUGAUAAGAAAUAGCCUGGCUGGUGGUGAUGUCAAUCUCAGGGGAGAAUUGAUGAGUUUGAGCGGCAAGGUGAGUAGAUGGAUGAGGGACGACGUCACUGUUUCGGUGGUCUUCUUUGGCGAUAGUUGA